UUGGAUGGGAGUGAAAUAGAACAAGGGUGGAUGUAGGGGGAGAAGGGAGGAGGAGGGAGGGAGGAGGGAGGAGCAGUCUGGCAGCCAGCUGAUCACUGCUCUGGCAUUCAGUCCAGGAGGAGGACACAUAGAGGGAGAGAGGGAGAGAGAGAGAGAGAGAGAGAGAGAGAGAGAGCAAGGCAGUGACAAAACAGACACAGACAGAGGGUGACGAGGCGACUGAUGCUACAGAAAUCUGUAAACUGACAUGGAAUCAGAAAUUUACAGCGCCAUCUCAGAUUUGUUAGCCUCUUUCACGGUUGGUUCCGGAAUCUACAAUUCAGAAGAGCAUGAUGGAAAAUGAAAGCAGGACAAGGAAAUAAAAACAGUAGACAGACGAGAGAGGCCAUAAAAACAACUUCCUCUCAGAGAGAAAAACAGAGAACACAGUAAACAGAGAGGAGAGUGCGUUGAAGGAGAGACGGGGGAGAGAGACGGAGCGUUGAAGGAGAGACAGAGGUAAACAGACUGUGGUGAGUCACUCCUCCUCCGCCUCCUCCUUUUGUGUGUUGAUGCUGAUACCCAGAACUGAGAAUCAGCCGAACUAAGCAAACACUCGCGCCAUACGAAGAAAACUGGACUGUAGCAAAACGGACCAGACCACUGAAAGCAGGAUUGUCAUCACAGGAGUCAAACCCGACCCAGGAGGUUGUCUCUGUUGAUAUGUCCUGGGGAUCUCUGCUGUCCCCGGUCCAGUGGGCUAAAUGGACCUGGUCAGCUGUGCGGGGGGGAGGAGAGGAGGAGGGAGCGCCCAGAUCAAGGGAGGAAGGGGAAAAUUCAGACUCAGAGGGGAACUUUGAAACUCCAGAGGCGGAGUCUCCUGGUCUGCUGAAUGACCUGACACUGCUGGAUAACUCUGGCCACACUGCAUCGCUCACCAGAGAUGACGGACAGCUGAUGCCACGGCCCUUCCUGGACAGGAACUCCAAUCAGGAUGUGUAUCCCGCCUCCGUCCAAGAAAUCCAGGAUGCGGUGAACAACCUCUCCUCUUUGAACGCAGCAGGGUUAGACCAGAACCUCAACCUGAGGUUGACCUCCAGACUGGGCCUCUCCCCGUCCCCUCUCUCCCAGCCCCGAGACCUGCGACCCCCGUCGCUUCCUAUCCACAUCUGCCCCGACCCUGCAGAGGUUGAUGAUGUUGCUCCGAUAACCUCUGACCCCAAUGGCAACAUAAACCCUGAUUCCAACAGCCUGACCUCUGAACUGGAUAGACCAGAUGACUCCGACCGACCCAAGAAGAUCGCAUGCAUCACCGACUCCUGUAAAGUAAAGAAGCUGGACAACCAGACUCUAUUACAGAACAGCAGUGGAAAGGAUGAAGAGCAUUGUGAGGGCCAUGCAACAGAUGAAGAGAAGCUAGCCAGCACGACCGGACUAAGAGCAGACAGAGAACAUCACGGGCCAGAGCUGUGUGUGUCAGUCAGUCCAGGGGUCACAGAAUGCUGUUCUAUGCAUGAGAACCCCUGCCAGAUGAAGAAUGCCAAGCUGGGAGGAAGUGACACACAGAAGAAAACAGGAAGUGAAGUUCUAGACUCGAUCUGCAUUAGCGAGGAGGAGAAAACAGCAGUUCUAACUCUUAUCAGAGAGGAGAUCAUCACUAAGGAGACGGAGGCCAGUGACUGGAAAAGGAAGUAUGAAGAGAGCAGACAGGAAGUCAUGGAGAUGAGGAAGAUCGUGUCAGAGUAUGAGAAGACCAUUGCUCAGAUGAUUGAGGACGAACAGCGCAACAGCAUGAGCUCCCAGAAGUCUUUGCAAGCUGUAACCAGGGAAAAGGAGUCUGCACUAGCGGACCUGAACUCAGUUGAACGGUCACUGUCCGACAUGUUCCGCCGUUACGAGAACAUGAAGAGCACCCUUGACGGCUUUAAGAAGAAUGAGGAGGUGUUGAAGAAGUGUGCACAGGAGUACCUGGCCAGAGUCAAGCAAGAGGAGCAGAGAUACCAGACUCUCAAACUCCACGCAGAGGAGAAACUUGACAAGGCUAAUGAGGAGAUAGCCCAGGUACGCAGCAAGGCCAGCUCUGAGAGUGUUGCUCUGACCGCCAGCCUUAGGAAGGAACAGAUGAGGGUGGAAUCUCUGGAGAGAGCCCUGCAGCAGAAGGCUGAGGAAAUUGAGGAGCUAACCAAGAUCUGUGACGAACUCAUCGCCAAGAUGGGCAGGACAGACUGAGACAGAUUCCCGACGUCAAAAUCAACAAGCCAAUGGGCCAAGCCAGCGAUGCGUCUGACCUAUAGCAGACCCUUGUGCAUGCCUCCAGCCAAUGAGCAGUCCUGUUUUUCCUCUGCACUUGCCCAUAUUGCUGCUUUAUUGGUCGAGUGUCUUAUGAUAAUCCAUUUCCUUUGGUCGAAAGUAGUGCACUAUAUGGAGAAUCGGGUGUCAUUUGAGCUGGAGCCUAUAAUACAUGUAGAUAUACUCCCUCCACGCUGUCUCUCUGUCCAGCAACUAACAGAAUAUAAUGUGCGUUGCAUAGGUUUUGCAUAUUUACCAGGGGUAACAUUUUGCAGAGCAUUUAUUAAUAUAUAAAGCAUAUAAACCCUGAACCUACAAAAAUGACAACAAUAGUCUGGAGCAAGACCAGGUGGACGCCUCUAUGACUGAACUGUAAAAGUGUUCAUAGUGUUUGGGUCAGAAUGUGUUGUUAUAGAUAGGCCUACUAGGAAGUUGUCUUGGGAAACAUAAGCAUUUCUCUUCUGUAUCUGAGACCUGGUCUUAGCAGAGGAAGAGGAGCUGUGGGCCUGUGUUGCUCUGUUGUAUUGGAUAGGUUUAGGUCACCUUCAGCAGGGAUGAUCUUACUGCUAAAGUUAAAUAGUUUGCUUGAUAGCUGGCCAGCAGAUAUUUACCAUGGAUAUUUACCAAGUCUAAUUAACUUUCCUGGAACAUGAGUUGAGCUACUACAGGGUAAAGGAUAAAGCAUGACAUGGAGAUCAGUAGGGAUGGGCUUUUUCAAAAGAAUGCAAUGGGAAUUGAUUUAGGAUGUACGCUGGCCAUGCUUUUAAAUACAUGCCAGAAGACGACAAGCACAAAUAAUGAGAUCCCUGCAAAUAAACUGAAAUGUAAUGAUUAUCAUGCAGUUAAGCUGGUGCAGGCAUGUGAAAGCUACUGCAGAUACAUCUGUCUGAACAAUUAUAUAUUGUUUGGUUUAACAACACUUUACAUUAAUAAUUUAUUGAUUUAUUGAUUUACUAAAAUCUCCCCAAAUUGGGUGGGGGACACCUCCAAAUUAUGGUGUAUAACUGCCUAUAUCUGCCUAUGCCCUUGACUACACAAUGAUUCAACAGGGGAAAGAGAGUGUUAUCCACUGAAUCCCACCUGGUUAGUGUCUGUCUCAGGCCACUGGGUUGGAACAGUACUCUAGCAUACUCAGUACUACUUCAACUGGAAACUUGAUAAUGGUUAAGAUCAUUCAAAGACUAUAUAUUUUCUAUAUAUAUGAAAAAGAGUGUUUUAAAGACUGUGGCUUCUUGAUUUGAAUCUCUUGCUCACGUUUCCCUCCAGCCACAUGAGGCCCUGGUGGUCGAGGGGCUCUGUGAGUUCCCAGAGGCCCUGCACAAAGUACUGCACUACUGUAAAUAGAGAAUAGCGGGACAUUUUGGACACAAGCACUGUGUUGUGCUACAUACUAGUGUUUCUGCUCUUAUCCUCUGUUCUGCUCAACUGUUUCUAAUCCUUUUCAUCCUCCAUUGGAGCGAGUCACCCUGCCUCACGGCUCUAUUUCCUCCGUACUGCAUUGUAGAGGUCAUUGACCAUAUUAAGUAUAUCAUGCACGCACCAGAGAGUCUAUCAUACACAUCUGUGUAACCUCCAUCUUGAAUGAAACUGUCUUUAGACAAUCUUUUUCGUUUGGAAACGUUAAAUUAGUAAUGAUCCCUUUUGGAUUUGUCAUUCACAAGUGAGGGUGAAACAUGAGACUUUUGAGUAAUGUCAAGUGUGUCCUGUUUAAACCUGACUGUAGUAAUACAGUGAGUGUCCUGUUUAAACCUGGCUGUAAUAUUACAGUGAGUGUCCAGUUUAAACCUGACUGUAAUAUUACAGUGCGUCUCCUGUUUAAACCUGACUGUAGUAAUACAGUGAGUGUCCUGUUUAAACCUGACUGUAGUAAUACAGUGAGUGUCCUGUUUAAACCUGACUGUAGUAAUACAGUGAGUGUCCUGUUUAAACCUGACUGUAGUAAUACAGUGAGUGUCCUGUUUAAACCUGACUGUAGUAAUACAGUGAGUGUCCUGUUUAAACCUGACUGUAGUAAUACAGUGAGUGUCCUGUUUAAACCUGACUGUAGUAAUACAGUGAAUGUCCUGUUUAAACCUGACUGUAGUAAUACAGUGAAUGUCCUGUUCAAACCUGACUGUAGUGAUACAGUAAGUGUCCCAAUUAAACCUGACUGUAGUAAUA